AACGGAGACACCCACCCAUCCCACCCAUCCCACGGCCCUCAAUCCGCCAUGGCCGUCACCCAAGACUCCACCAGCACCCUCAAGCAGCGCAACGUCAAGGCCUCCGGCUCCAGCGAGGCCACGGCCCCGACCCUGGUCGCUCAGACCGGCAAGACCUGGGGCCGAGCCCGCGAGAUCGGCAUCCUGACCAUCAUCGGCUCGUACAUCACCGUCCUCUUUGCGCCCCUCUUUGUGGUCUACAUGUGGGUCAGCUGCGACAAGUACCAAUGCGAAAUCCUUGGCCCCGCCAGCAAGCUUCUCACCUACGAUCUGUCGGACUCGAAGAGCUGGAUUGCAUUCCUGACCGAUGACUUCUUCCCCAAGCCCACUGCAGAGGGUUUCUAUCUGUACUUUGGAUGGCUGUUCUUCCAGGCCGCGCUGUACGUCUUCGUUCCCGCCAAGAUUGGCUAUGGACAGGAGACCCCUGCUGGUCUGAUCCUUCCCUAUGUCGUCAACGGUCUGCGCGCCUGGUUCAUCACCCACGCUCUCUUCAUCGCCGGCUCCAUCGGCCUCGGUCUCUUCCCAGCCUCGAUCAUCCACGACAACUGGGGCGCCCUCCUGAUCUCGGCCAACGUCUACGGCUUCUUCCUCGCCUUCUUCUCGUACGUCAAGGCCAACCUCUUCCCCUCGCACCCCGCCGACCGCAAGUUCUCGUCCUCCUUCAUCUACGAUUUCCUGAUGGGCAUCGAGUUCAACCCCCGCAUUGGCAAGUGGUUCGACUUCAAGCUCUUCCACAACGGCCGUCCCGGUAUCGUCGCCUGGACCCUGAUCAACCUGUCGUUUGCUGCCGCUCAGUACAACAACAUUGGAUACGUGACCAACUCCAUGAUCCUGGUCAACCUGUUCCACUUGAUCUACGUCCUUGACUUUUUCUACAACGAGGAUUGGUACCUGCGCACCAUCGACAUUUGCCACGACCACUUUGGUUUCUAUCUUGCCUGGGGUGACAGUGUCUGGCUGCCCUUCCUGUACACCCUCCAAUCCCACUAUCUCGUCCGCCACCCUGUCGACCUGAGUCUCCCCUACACCGGCGCCGUCCUCGCCGUGGGUCUCGCCGGAUACUACAUCUUCCGCGCCGUCAACCACCAAAAGGACAUUGUCCGCCGCACCGAUGGCAACUGCCUCAUCUGGGGCAAGCCUGCCAAGGUCAUCCGCACCGAGUUUGCCACCUCGGACGGCAAGACCCGCAAGUCGCUUCUCUUAAUCUCGGGCUUCUGGGGUCUCUCGCGCCACUUCAACUAUGUCGGCGAUCUCAUGAUCUCCCUUGCCAUGUGCAUGUCGUGCGGCACGGGCCACAUCCUCCCCUACUUUUACAUCUUCUACAUGACCUUCCUGCUCGUCCAGCGCAUCUUCCGUGACCAAGACCGAUGCCAGAACAAGUACGGCCACUACUGGGACCAGUACUGCAAGGCCGUGCCUUACAAGCUCAUCCCCUACAUCUGGUAAACGGGUGUGUCCUGACCUCGAGGUCGCUCGUUGUCGCGUUCACGCUGCAGCGUCAAUGCAUUUUCUGGGACUGAGGCAGCUGCUCCACUCGGACAGCAUCAAAGGCUCCCUGGAGCAUCACAACACCGAAUACAGCUCGCUUCGAUAUCCCUUUC